GCGGUCAGUCGGCUCUGCGAUGGCGGUGCACGGCGAGCCUGUCGGCCCGCUCGGCUACAGUGUGCGCGACAUCCUCGGUCUGCGGGGCAUCGCCCAGUUCGCCGAGUCGGCGCUCGACUUCACGCUGCCGGCGGCGGCGGCGGCCGACGACGGACCCGAGCACCACGAGGCCGCCCUGCAGCGGCUGCACUGCUCCAGCGAGCCUGCCUCCGAGGACGACGAGCACGUCAACGUCGACAGCGACGGCACGGACGAGGGCGCGCCCGAGGAGCCGGAGCGCGCCGUCGACGAGCGCGACGAGAGGCGGCCGGACGAGCCCGGCGACGAGCCGGUGACCGAGGCAGAGCCGGCCGACGGCGACGACGCCAAGAAGGGUGCGCUCGUCAAGCCGCCGUACUCGUACAUCGCGCUCAUCACCAUGUCGAUCCUGCAGUCGCCGCAGAAGAAGCUGACGCUGAGCGGCAUCUGCGACUUCAUCAUGAACCGCUUCAGCUAUUACAAGGCCAAGUUCCCCGUGUGGCAGAACAGCAUCCGGCACAACCUAAGCCUGAACGACUGCUUCGUCAAGAUCCCGCGCGAGCCGGGCAACCCGGGCAAGGGCAACUACUGGACGCUGGACCCCGCCUCGCUCGACAUGUUCGACAACGGCAGCUUCCUACGCCGCCGCAAGCGUUACAAGCGCCACCAGCCGGACCCGUUCGCCGAGCUGUACGGGCCGGCGUCGCCGCAGGUAACGCUGCCGUUCCGGCUGGCCGCACAAGAGCUGUAUCGGCUGCAGUGUUCGCUGAACAGGUGCGCCAUCAGCAGGCCGACCUCGUGCGAGGUGUAG